CCGGGGCCGCCGCCGGGGCCGGCGGGGCCGGGAUGGCGCUGGAACGGGCGCUGCUGGCGGCGCGACAGGGCGACGUGGAGGCGCUGCGGGGGCUGAGGGCGGCCGGGCUGCUGCGGCCGGGGCUGCGGGACGCCCUGGGCGCCUCCCCCGCGCACCACGCCGCCCGCGCCGGCCGCCUCGCCUGCCUCCGCUACCUGGCGGCCGAGGCCGCGCUCCGCGGGGACGCGCGGGCGCGCAACGGGGCCACGCCGGCCCACGACGCCGCCGCCACCGGCAACCUCGCCUGUCUCCAGUGGCUGCUCACGCAGGGGGGCUGCGGCGUGCAGGACACAGACAACUCUGGUGCCACCAUCCUACACCUGGCAGCCCGCUUCGGUCACCAUGAGGUGAUUGACUGGCUCCUCCGCUUCGGAGGCAGCGACCCCACGGCAGCCACCGACACAGGCGCGCUGCCCGUCCACUACGCCGCGGCCAAAGGGGAUUUCCCUUCCCUGCGACUCCUCUUGGGACACUGCCCCAGCACGCUGAGUGCCCAGACCAAGACGGGGGCCACCCCGCUGUACCUCGCCUGCCAGGAGGGCCACCUGGAGAUCAUCCAGUACCUGGUGCAGGACUGCGGGGCCGACCCCCACACACGUGCCCACGACGGCAUGACUCCGCUGCACGCCGCCGCCCAGAUGGGCCACAACACCGUCAUUGUCUGGCUGAUGAGCUUCACGACAGUGAGCCUGUCGGAGCGGGACGCCGAGGGGGCCACGGCCAUGCACUUUGCCGCCAGCCGCGGCCACGCCAAGGUGCUGAGCUGGCUGCUGCUGCACGGCGGGGAGAUCACCGCCGACGGCUGGGGCGGCACGCCGCUGCACGAUGCUGCUGAGAAUGGCGAGCUGGAGGUGGGUGCUGGCAGUGAGUGGGGUGCCAGGGUUGGGGGGCGAGCCCUCCUGCCCUGCCACGCACCCCCCUCUCCCCAGUGCUGCCAGAUCUUGGUGGUGAAUGGCGCCGACCUCAGCAUCCGCGACCAGGACGGCUACACGGCAGCUGACCUCGCCGACUACAACGGCCACGGCCACUGCGCCCAGUACCUGCGCACCGUGGAGAACAUGAGUGUGGAGCACCGUGUGCUGUCGCGAGACCCCUCGGCAGAAGGGGAGGGCCGGCAGCCCGACUCAGGCAUGUCGUCGCCCAACACCACGGCAUCGGCGCCCCAGGCACGCUUCGAGGUGGGCUCCCCCGCCAGCACCCUCUCCAACUACGACUCCUGCCACUCCAGCCAGUCCAGCACCGGGGAGAAGAGGGGUGGCCCCCCGGGGGCCCCCGCUGCCCGUGAGUGUGGGGCCAGGGCGUGUGGGGCGGGGGACGCUGGGCCAUCCCCCCCUGACCCCCUCCCCUGUGCAGGGGUGCCUGAGCCGGCGCUGGCGGACAUGCAGGCAUACAUGGACAUGCUGGACCCCGAGAUGCAGCCGCGGGGCCGGGGGCCAGCAGGCGAGGGUUCCCCCCUGCCGCCACCCCCUGCCUUCCCCCCGCCGCCGCCCCCGCCCCCUGCCACCCGGCCGCCCCCGCCGCCCCCAGGCUACCCCGCGCCCACGCCCCCUGCUGCUCCCCACACCGCCGACAUCUACGUGCGGGCCAAGAACAACCUGCGGCACGUGGAGAGCCAGGCGCUGCGCCGAGAGCUAGCAUCACGCGAGAACAGCCCUGAGGGCCUGCGCCGGGCCGACUCCACCAGGCGGUCAAGGAAUUUCGGCAAGCAGCCGAGCACCGGCGACUACUACAAGCACCUGGGGCACGGCACGGUCGAGCAGCCUGGACCCCGGCGAAUGGCACACAGCGAGGAGGCAUCGUCCAUCUCAACGGACACCAUGCGCAAUGGGGAAAGCAAGCCUGGCGCUGAGCUGCCGCCACCACCACCACCCCCACCACUGCCUGAUGCUGCCUGCCCACCGCCCCCGCCGCCACCCCCGCCGGCCGAGACCCCCGCCGGCCCACGCCGCUCCUCCUCCUCCAUGGGAAGAGGAAAGGCGCUCAGGCAGAUGAAGAGCACCAAGUCCUUCAACAUGAUGUCCCCCACCGGCGACAACUCGGAGCUGCUGGCCGAGAUCAAGGCCGGGAAGAGCCUCAAGCCGACGCCACAGAGCAAAGGCUUCACCACCGUCUUCUCCGGCAGCGGCCAGGCGGGGGCCAACGCAGAGUCGCCCGCGUCCUCCCCGUCGCCCACCAGGACGCCCACCCCGCCGGCCACCCCCGAGGCCACGGGGCCGCCGCGCUGCCUGGCAGGGGGCUCGCCGGAGCCGGUGCUGAACGGGAGCUCGCCGGUGCCGGCGGCGGGCGCCGGGGCGGCGGUGGAUGCGGAGGCGCUGGUGCCGAGCCACGACGAGCAGGGCCGGCCCAUCCCCGAGUGGAAGCGGCAGGUGAUGGUGCGCAAGCUGCAGCUCCGGAUGCAGGAGGAAGAGGAGCAGCGGCGCAAGGAGAAGGAGGAGGAGGCGCGCCUGGCCAGCAUGCCGGCCUGGAGGAGGGACAUCCUGCGCAAGAAGCUGGAGGAGGAGAGGGAGCAGAAACGGAAAGAGCAGGAGAAGCUGAAGCGGGAGGAGGAGGAGAAGGAGAAGGAGCAGUCGGAAAAGCUAAGGACUCUCGGGUACGAUGAGACAAAGCUGGCGCCCUGGCAGCGGCAGAUCAUCCUCAAGAAGGGGGACAUAGCCAAGCACUAGCCACGCCAAGCCGCGCCCCGGCUCUUCACGGCGGGAGGAGGCCAGCGGGUCCCACCGCGGACCGGGACGGGCCUCGGCACCCUCCUCCCGCCGCGGACGGCCGCGUAGCCCGCCCCGGAGGAGACCCCGCCCCGGGCACCCGUAGCCCCCCCCGUCCCGCCGCCGCCGCCGCCCCCCCCCCCCCCCCCCGCGCUGCCCUUCGCCAAGCGCGAGCUGUCGCGGUGUGCGGCCCCCGGCUCCUCGCGCGCCGCCCGGUUCCCCCUGCCGCGGCUGGGCUGGCCGCUCCGGCCGGCUCCCCGCUCCCCCCCCCCCGGCCCCGCUCGCCGGCGCGUCCGCAGCGCGUUCGCCUCCACGCCUGCCCCUCCCGCCUCUGGAGCCGCUCGCAGCCGGCUCCCGGCUCGCCUCCGCCCCGGACCGCCUGCCGUUCCCGCGAUUAAAACG